AUGGAGAGGCUCGACUGCUUGGAGAGGAAGCUGCUCAGACGGAUGCUUGGCUACUUUUGGCCGUUUGCAUGCCAUAACGAAGAGCUUUACUCGGGAGUGGACGUGAUGUACCGGAGGAUGACACGUGGAAAAUUUUUACAUUUUUCCCCGCCCUCUGAACUAGUCGCAGAAAAACGUCUUCGCUUUUUUGGCCACAUUAUAAGGAGACCAUCGGAUCGCCUUGUCCAAGUUGCCUUGAGAUCUGCUCCCAGACGGAGGAGGCCACCCGGACGUAAAACAAAGUUCUGGGCGAAAGUGGUGAAGCAAUUGGGAAGGUGA